AUGUCCUACGAUUCAGCGACUCCUCUUCUCAUCAGCUGGAGAUCAAUUAACUUACCGAUGAUCCCUGUCAUUGUGGUCCAGCGUGCAACGACAUUCGAACAAGAUGCUCCAGAAAACUUCUGCCAAUCAAAGAAAGAAAAGUAUUUUGCUUGUUUUCCAUAUCCAUAUAUGAAUGGUCGUCUUCACCUUGGACAUACUUUUUCGCUUUCUAAGUGUGAGUUUGCUAUUGGAUAUCAACGUUUAAAAGGUAAAAGAUGUCUAUUUCCAUUUGGUUUCCACUGUACAGGAAUGCCAAUCAAGGCGUGUGCUGAUAAAUUAAAUCGAGAAAUGAAUGACUUUGGAUACCCACCAAGGUUUCCAGUAAAAGAAAAAGAAAUUAUAACCGAGAUCUCUGAUGAAAUAAUUAUAAAAGAUAAAGCAAAGGGAAAGAAGAGUAAAGCUGUUGCCAAGUCUGGAGGCGCUAAAUAUCAAUGGCAGAUUAUGUCCUCAUUAGGAUUAUCAGAUGAGGAGAUUAAAGAGUUUGCAACCACAGAUCAUUGGCUGGAAUACUUCCCUCCACAUGCCAUCCAAGAUCUGAUAAGCAUGGGAUUGAAGGUGGAUUGGAGGAGGUCCUUCAUAACAACUGACGCCAAUCCCUAUUAUGACUCCUUCGUAAGGUGGCAGUUUCUAACCCUUAAAGACAGAAAGAAAAUUAAAUUUGGGAAAAGGUAUACCAUAUAUAGCCCAAAAGAUGAUCAGCCAUGUAUGGACCAUGACAGGGCGACUGGAGAGGGUGUCGGCCCACAAGAAUACACUAUCAUCAAAAUGAAGGCAGUUCAACCCUUUCCUCAGAAACUCAAGUAAGUUUUUAGGUGAUUCAGUGCAUGCAUUGACAGAAAACAAUUCACAGAUGCACAUUUGCAGCCAUCCAUUUUAAUUUGAUCAACUCGCUUUUGAUUACUUGUAAACCGGACUGUAAUUGCACAGGUCAGUGUUGAUUCAUUUCUCCAUACAUGUGCUCUCUUUCUAGGAUGGUUAAAUAAAUAUUGGCAAUUUGAUCAAACCUGAAUAAUUGCAGUUUUCUUAAUUUAUUUUCUGGUUUGCUAGGAUGUAAUGGGAAUACCACUGAAGGCUCCGUUGACGUCGUACGAUGUCAUCUAUACACUACCGAUGUUAAAUAUCAAAGAGAAUAAAGGUACAGGCAUAGUGACCAGCGUCCCUUCAGAUGCACCAGACGACUACGCUGCUCUCAGAGAUCUGAAAAAGAAACAGCCUUUUAGAGAAAAGUACCAUAUCAAGGAUGAGAUGGUGUUGCCAUUUGAUCCAAUCCCAAUCAUCGAGGUACCCGACUUUGGUAACUUGUCCGCUGUGAAAGCAUGCGAUAUGUUCAAAGUACAGAGUCAGAAUGAUAAAGAUAAGCUACAAGAAGCCAAGGAAAAAGUCUAUCUUAAAGGCUUCUAUGAAGGGGUAAUGAUCGUCACUGAUUACAAAGGGCAGUUCGUCAAAGACGUGAAAAAAGACGUUCAGAAAAAAAUGGUUGUUGCCAAAGAGGCUGUGGUGUACAUGGAACCUGAGAAAGAAGUGAUAUCUCGCUCAGCGGAUGAAUGUGUCGUUGCUCUGUGCGAUCAGUGGUAUUUGGAUUAUGGUGAAGAGGAAUGGAAAAAACAGACAAAAGGAGCGCUUGACAACCUGGAAACAUAUGCGGAAGAGACUCGUAAGAAUUUCAUCGCAACUUUAGACUGGCUGCAUGAAUAUGCGUGUUCUAGAUCUUACGGUUUAGGAACCAAAAUACCAUGGGAUGAACAGUACUUGAUAGAGUCUUUGUCCGACUCCACUAUUUACAUGGCAUUUUAUACUGUAGCAUACUUGUUGCAAGGUGGUGUAUUGAACGGUUCUAGUGCUGGUCCCGCUAAUAUCAGACCAGAGCAGUUGUCGCGUGCUGUCUGGGAUUACAUAUUCUUCCUUGAAGCACCCUUUCCUGCUGAGUGUACCAUUCCCAGAGUAACUCUGGAUAAACUUAAGAAUGAGUUUCAGUACUGGUAUCCUGUCGAUCUACGUGUGUCCGGAAAGGAUCUGGUUCCCAAUCACUUGACCUAUUACAUGUAUAAUCACUGCGCCAUCUGGCCCAAGGAGGCCGAUAAAUGGCCACGAAGUAUCCGAGCCAACGGCCAUCUGUUGCUGAAUUCGGAGAAGAUGUCCAAGCAAACAGGAAACUUCCUAACUCUCUAUGAGGCUGUGGGUUUAUUCUCAGCUGACGGUAUGCGUCUAGCCUUGGCUGAUGCUGGCGAUACUCUGGAAGAUGCUAAUUUUGUUGAAGCUAUGGCAGAUGCUGGUAUUUUAAGACUCUAUAACUUUUUAGAUUGGGUUAAAGAUAUGAUCGCUACAAAGGAAAGUUUCCGAACAGGACCUAUUGUUACAUUUGACGACCGGGUCUUUGAAACUGAAAUGGACAAAGGUAUUCUUGAAACAGAACAAAACUACGAGCGUAUGAUGUACAAGGAUGCUUUAAAGACAGGAUUUUACGAAUAUCAGGCUACAAGAGAUAAAUAUCGUGAAGUUACGAUGAAUGAUAUGCACCGAGAUCUCGUAUUCCGAUUUAUUGAGACACAGAUUGUCAUCCUGUCUCCUCUCUGUCCACAUAUAUGUGAGCACUUAUGGCAGCUACUUGGCAAGACUGGAUCAGUGUUAGAUGCACAGUGGCCAGCAGCAAAGCCGGUGGAUGAUAUACUAGUGAGGUCUUCUCAGUAUCUAAUGGAUUCUGCUCAUGAUUUCCGUCUUCGUCUCAAAAACAUGAUGCAGCCUGGGAAAGGCAAGAAAGCUGUCAUCCCUCCCACCAAACCGUCACAUGGUAUUCUGUACGUAGCCAAGACAUACCCACCAUGGCAGCAUGCAACACUUGUCUGUUUGAGACAACAGUAUGAUAAACACGGUAAGACGUUCCCAGACAAUAAGGAAAUUCUCACAGAACUGAAAACGAAAGAUGAACUAAAAAAGUACAUGAAGAAAUUAAUGCCAUUUGUACAAACUGUUAAGCAAAAUGUACUUGACAAAGGACCCCACGCCAUGGAUUUGACGUCGGAGUUUGAUGAAAGACAAGUUCUCUUAGACAACUUACAGUAUCUUAUGUACACACUAGAAUUGGAAUCGAUAGACAUCAAGUUUUCAGAUGAAGCAGAUGGUAAAAUCAAGGAAGACUGUACACCAGGAAAUCCUUUCUCUGUGUUCACAUCUCAGCCGUCAGUUGAUAUUCAUCUAACCAAUCCGCAACCAUCAAGUGGUCACUUCUCUAUGACAAUACCUAUCAGAGAUGGGGAUACUGUGGACAAAGUGAUAGCAAGAAUGGCCAAAUUGGACAGAGGGAUCAAAGAUCCAAAGAAAGCUACUAUUCUCAGAUACUCUGACCCGGAACUUGGAACCCGUCAAGUUCCACAGUUCGGAAAACCAGAUCUUGGAAAAGUUGCGAUAUCCUCGUCCUCCACAUUUAGUAUUGAUGUAGAAAAUAAAAAAGUGACCCUCAAUGAAAAUGCAAAGUCCAUUGAACUUGGAUCUACACUGAGUUAUAUUGUAUCAUAAAACUGCGUGUGCAGCUAGCUGCUUCAUUAAUUGUACUUGUUUAUAUUCAACUGGAAAUUGAAUAAUUUGCAAUAAGAAGUGAUGCUUUUAAAUCUUCUGAAGAUUGUUCACGAUCUCAUGCACAAGUGAUCACUGUAUACACACGUAUUUUCAAAAACAUUUCAGUAACAAACCCCUCCGUCUUCAUCUGAAUUAAAUCAUCAAAUAAAAUGGUGUGUCAUACACAUAAGUAUUAUCAGACUCCGCUCAAAAUGAAAAUACAAACAAAAUAACUGUAAACAGUUUAAUUUUUCAUCUCUGUCAAUUUUUGUGAUAACUGAACGAUAUUUCUAGGAACCAAAAUUUAAAUAAUCGGUUGAGUUGCAAAAAUUCAUGAAUUUGUUCUUUGCAAAAAAAUGUAGUUUUGAGUAUAUUUACAAUCUUGUGAAUACAGUCAACAAGAAUGCUAUGCAUAUGAAUUAGGCACAACUCCUAUUUAUUCAGAAUUGUGUACAAUGUAUGUAAUUUUCUAUUAUAUUAUUGUUUGGAAAUACUUUUCAUCACUUUUGUAAUUCUUCUCGGCAACCCAUGGUGGUGUGUUCCGCUCACACCAUGCCAUAGGCUGUCACCAUUAGAUACUGGAUCCUAGAUUGCGAGCUCUAUAUUAUUUGUUGUGUUGUCAAUAAUUUACAUUUGCGUACAAUUAUACGAGAGCAACUGAGUGAUCUGAGAAAGGCACUGUUCUAUCCAUGAUCGACCUUCUCUCUAUCUAAACAAUUUUAAAUUGACGUAGAGUAAAUUUAACUGCACAGUUUGGUGAUGUCAAUGAGUACGUUUUAUGCAAAUGAGUCUUAAAUGAAAAUGCUGUUCUUAAUUGAUAUUCAGUUCAACGGUUAAAAAUACAGUUUUCAGACCAUUAAAGUGGUUGAAAUCUAUGUAUUUCGAGACGAUAUCAUCCAAAAUUAGCCCAUGUAGCCAUUGACGUACUGAUCUGUAAUUGACAUUGAACCAUUCAUAUAACAAAAUUCAAGAUAGCAACCUUCACACUUUGUCUAAUCAACAAUAUUAUAAUACUUUUAAUUUCUUUGAUGAAAUGACAUCAUUUUAAUCAAUAUCUACUAUCCGAUUUACACCUUUAUGAUUAAACAGUUUCAAGAAAGUUUCAUAA